UGAAAACAAUAAAACAAAUACUGUGUUCAGCAUAACAUAAAGAAUGUGUCCAGUUUUCACUCGUCAGUUAUACGCUUGUUUGCAGCAGCUAACAUAUUUUAAGUAAAAUAGUAAACACGUUUUGAAAAUUUACACAACUCAAGAGUAAUAAGGUUCUGGUUUCUUAAAAUGAUGGGAGAUAAAAAUGUUGGCAAUCUUGAGGAGGCAGCACGAAAGAGGAAAGAACGAUUAAAAGCGAUGCGAGAACAAAGGAUGACAGGAGGUGAACCUCCAUCAAAGAAGAGCGGGAAAGAGGAGCUUCCAAAACCAGAACUGAAACUUCGAAAUUACAAUCCUGUUGGGGAUGACCUGAAAGAAGCUGUGUUGGCAAACGCAGAACCGGAGAAAGUAGAAGACCAAAUAACUAAUCAAUUAGAAAGUCAAGCAGCUGAGCCAACUGUGCAGGAGGAAGUGGACAUAUUAAAGCUUGCUCCAAGAAAACCUGACUGGGACUUAAAACGAGACAUUCAGUCCAAACUUGAUCGAUUAGAAAGAAAAACUCAGCGGGCCAUCGCAGAAAUAAUUCGGGAGCGAUUAAAACAAUCGACUAAAGAAGAUGCCGCCCAUUUUGCGGAAGUUCCAGAUGAAAUGAAAGGAGAUGGUUAUGAUUCAGACUGAACCUUUCAUUUUUUAAUUCCAAUCAUUGUUUAUUAUUCAAUGUGCUGCACGUCAAGCCUAGAAGAGGUUGCAGUUAUGUGAGCUUUAUAGAAUACCAGCUGUACAAGUUCAUGUUGUAAUCUACUGUGGAUUCACAUAUUGGACCAAAACUGUAACAUACAAUACAACAGUGUAUAGCUUUCGUAUAUUGGGACAUGCUGUUAUAAAAUAAAGAAGAUGUGUUAAUUAAUACAUGUUUAACAACCCAUGU